CCAAUCCAAUGAUCCGAGAGACCGAGACUAGAGAUCGAGGAGCGCGAGAAAAAGAUGUUGGUUGGGCGUAGCCUCGUAGUUCCCAACAUUCAUUUUUCUCGCGGGAAUUUCUUCAAGCACCUUCCGAACUCAACACCAACGACUAUUUCUUGUCCGCACAGAAUCAUCGGCACGCAAAGCCUAAUCACCACUAGUGCUCUUAGCUCUUCCUAUUUCGAAUCCCUAACUUCCCACCAAAAGGAUCAGGUCCAUCUCUACGUCGACACUCUUCUCCAAUGGAACCGGAAAAUGAAUCUCACUUCUGUUACAGAGAUAAACGAAGUUAUGGAAAGGCACAUUGAGGAUUCACUUGCAAUUAUACCCCCUAUAACAAAUUCUUAUAUGUCUCACUGUAACAACGCAAUCAACAAGAUUAACCUUGUUGAUGUUGGAAGCGGCGCGGGGCUUCCCGGAUUGAUUUUAGCUAUUGCUUGCCCUGAUUGGAAGGUAACGCUGUUGGAGUCUAUGAACAAGCGGUGUGUUUUCUUGGAGCAUGCAAUAGGUCUUGUUGGAUUAUCUAAUGUCAAAGUUGUAAGAGGAAGAGCAGAGAGUUUGGGGCAGGAUCUUUGCUUCAGAGAGCGAUUUGAUGUAGCGGUGGCAAGAGCAGUUUCAGAAAUGAGAAUCUUAGCUGAAUACUGUCUUCCUCUGGUUCGUGUUGGUGGUUUGUUUGUAGCUGCAAAGGGUCAUAAUCCUCAGGCGGAAGUCAGGAAUGCAGAAAGAGCCAUUCAAAUGAUGGGUGCUUCCGUGUUGCAACUGUGCUCAGUGGAGUCACACAGCCCAUAUGGACAGCGAACUGCCAUCAUAUGUUUGAAAGAUCACCCCACCCCUAGGAAGUAUCCUCGUGAGCCAGGUACACCAGCGAAAGCACCACUGUAAAUUAAUUCGGAUGCCCAUUCAGCUGUUUUCUUUAUUGACAACAUGUACUUUGAAAUACUACUUCUCACUAGUGGAAAUAAAUAUAUGUAAGGAUAAACAAAAGCAAACCUACAUUUUGAUUCA